CGUUAUGCAGCCAAACCACUAUGACCUUCUGGGUCAGGUGCAGGAUGAACCCAGAGCUCCUAAUCGAAUGACGUGGGAGACCCCUCAGUCACGUUUGCCAUCGGGUGUCGCACCCACGAGAUCAGAAGGUAGGCUGUUCUUCGUCCUGUGUCAACCCAGAUAUUUUGAAUCCGGAUUGUCUGUCCCUGUGCGAUUUUCGCUGAGAAGACCCGACAUGCAUCUACCUCUUGUUCCAUACCGCGCUUCUAUUCUGUACUAUGACCACAGUUAUAGCCAUGUACUCACUCCAAUACUAUAUAGAUUCCUGGAUUGAGGUAUCGUCGCAGCCGUCUUCCUCGUCCCUGUCUUCGGCUGCUACCAAUGACGACAUCAUAACUACCGGCCUCCGUGUUCAACAAAACGAAUCUAGUCAUUACCGCCGCAGUCGCCGCCGGCGUCUACAACAUCUUGCGGCUGUCGCUACCGCGCAGGUUGAUUACUCGUCUCGCGAGCCUAGCAGUAGUCAAGAUGAAUACGAAGAGAGUGAGAGUGAAUCAGACCGUGUUCUGAGCAGCUCGAAUGAAGAUAUCGGCCAGCGAACCCAUGUUGACUCCUACCUACCUCAACCCAGUGCGCCAGAUGCCAGCCCCUCAAGCGAUGAGGAUGAUAGCUCCACCGCACUUGGAAUGCGUAUUAGCUCAUCGCCAUUUAUCCCUCAACCAAACGUCUUUUCACACCCCCCUGCUUCUCAACACCCUUCCUGGACCAGGCCCACUGAGGCACGUCGCUCUCAGCCUCUCAGCGAAGUGUCCACAUCCAGCCGUCGAACUGCCAUCCGAAGGAGCUCGCAAGCUAGUGCACACUCUGCUCGACGACCAUCGAACCAACAGCACAGUCCAUACAAUCUGAUUUCACCCUCCCACCAUGCAGAUCACGAUGCGGCUCUGCGCGCCAGUCUUUCUACCUUGCUUUCGUGCGCCGCCGCCGCACGAGGUCUUCCGAAAUCAGACCCGCAACCUUCUCCUUCUGGUCCUUCCAGAGCGCAACCGGCGUCAUUCCGCCUUGUAUCAGAAUCGGUGGCAAUGGGGGAGGAAGCCCGCGAGGAUGACCCUCCUUCCGAAACAGAAAUCAGCGUUUCACCCCACUCUCAGCGACCCAAACAAUAUCAACAAUCUCCACCACCAUACUCCCCACGGGGAAUUUCCUCCACCCGUGCAAAGCGCCGUUCAAGCACCUCCAAAGACCGUGGAGGCCAUUCGUCUACCAAAAAGAGCCGUCGAACAGGCAAUGCGGAAUCUUCCUCGGCCGUUAUGACUUGGGUCAUCAGUGCCGGCGUUGUGGUGCUUUUCUCCGCCAUCAGCUUUUCCGCUGGAUAUGUACUUGGUAGAGAAGUGGGUAAGCUAGAGGCAAACACCGGAGUAGGGACUGUUUUAGGAGACAAUAGCCUCACCGCAGGCAAAGCAUCUGCGGCCUGUGGUCAAGAAGCAGUUCGGGGUGGCCUCAGGCGAUUCCGAUGGAGCCCCGGGUCUGCUGGAUCUGGAGUCAUUGCUUAGAUUUUUAAGGGGUUUCCCUGUAAACAUCGGCUGGGAACCCAUUCCGUAUCCACAAUAUUCACGGAUCUAUUUGGAUGCCAACAAUGCUUACGACAACGACGACAACGACGACGAUGAUGAUAGUUCAUAGUUUUGGGGGGGUGCGGAGAGCAAGCUACGGCGAUUCCUUUCUUUUAGUGUUUUUUCCUCCUUGUGUUUGUUGGAUUGAGGGUUGCAUAGCCUUGUUUUGGUAUCCCUACACGAUUCAGGCCGUGGGCCUACCGGGAGCAAAAGUUCCUUGCAGAACAUGCCUACGAUGUUACUUGUGAGGAUUUUUAUCAUUACCCUGGAGUUUUUAAUUUGGUUACAUGGUUGUUUUGACAUUUGAUGGCAGGCUAUACCCAUCUCGACUGUUUGGCAUUGGAAAUAAUGAUAAUCCCAGAUCAAUACAAUUUUUUUUCAAAGAGAGA